UAAGCCCGAAAACAAGAACAAGAAAAGGUGAAAGGUGAGAGGGUGCGGCUCUCACGACAGAACAUAAAAGAAGGAAAUACAGACAGAAAUUUCUGUCUUGUCUCUCUUGCAAUCUUUUCCUUCCUAGCUAGUAGUCUUCUUCUUCCUUUCCUCGUUCAUGGAGCUGUACUUUCCGGGAAAUUGAAUAAGCCCCUCCAACCCCGGCAGGGAGGAUUUUUUUUUUUUUUCUUGUUUCCUCCUCAACACCGGCCUUUUUCAUUCUUCGACGGAAACAUAUAUUUUUUUUUCUCCCCAUAAAAAAAAGGGAAAAAACUGAGCUCUGGGAGCUGUGUGAGAGAGACACAUAGAGAGAAGAUGAUGAUGAUGUCAGCUUCGUCGGCGACGGUGAGGGUUGAUAAGGCGACGAGCGACCUUCUGAUCAACCCCGACUGGGCUAUGAACAUCGAUAUCUGUGAUUACAUUAAUUCCUAUCCCGGUCAGGCUAGAGAAUUCGUUAAAGCGGUGAAAAGGAGGUUGCAGCAUAGGAAUCCCACAGUGCAAUUCCUUGCUCUGACGCUGUUAGAGACAAUGGUGAAGAAUUGUGGUGAUUACAUCCAUUUUCAGAUUGCCGAGAAGAAUAUUCCCACGGAGAUGGUCAAAAUCGUCAAGAAAAAGUCCGAUAUGCGUGUUCGGGACAAAAUAUUGGAAUUGCUGAACGAUUGGCAGCAGGCUUUUGGUGGGCCCGGAGGAAAACAUCCUCAAUACUACUACGCAUAUGAGGAACUUAGGCGCUCAGGAAUCCACUUUCCUAGCCGAUCACCCGAUGCAGCACCCAUAUUCACUCCUCCUGUUACCCGCCCUACCCUGAGGCACACUCAAGCUGGAUACGGAAUGCCUAGUAAUUCCUCAAGAAGGCUCGAUGAGGCGAUGGCUGCAGAGAUAGAAAGUCUGAGCAUGUCGACAAUUAGUUCUAUGCGGGAUGUGAUGGACUUGUUAAGUGACAUGCUGCAAGCUGUGAACCCUAGAGACCGUGAUGCUGUUAAAGAUGAGGUCAUAGUAGAUAUUGUUGCCAGGUGUCAGGCCAACCAAAGAAAGUUGAUGCAGAUGAUUACUACGACUGGUGAUGAAGAACUUCUUGCUCGAGGACUUGAGUUGAAUGAUAGCAUGCAACAUCUGUUGGCGAAACAUGAUGCUAUAGCUUCUGGAUCCCCGUUGCCCAGUCAAAUAAUGAAUCUCAGCCCUCAACCCGCAGAGACACGUGGAUUCAACCCCAAGGAGAAAGAAGUGAAAAAGGAGAAUGGCCCUUCUCCAACAGGCAGUGCCACCAGUGCUUCUGCACCACCAGUUACUAUUAAAAAGAGCAUCUAUGAUGAAGAGGAAGAAGAAGAUGACUUCGCUCAGCUCGCUCGCAGGCAUUCCAAAUCUCAACCUGCCUCUACAGGGUCGUCUACGGGAGGAGAUGCCAGUAGUGGGCCCAUAAAGCCCACUGCCCCGACUUCAUCCUCAUCAUUACCCUCAACUCCUUCCACCUGUAGAGCCCUAGCUCUGCCUGACCCUCCUGCACCUGUUAAGAUCUCCAAGGAGCAAGAAAUGAUUGACCUCUUGAGUCUCGCCCUGACAACCACCUCAACACCAGCCCCUGAGACUCCUCAAGCUCCACCUUCAAAUCAGAAUACUGGAGCCGAUGUCAGUAAUCCCUACACUCCCCAGUCUUAUUCCGGGAUGCAAGGACAAGUCUCGUACAAUAGCUACGUCGUCCCAUGGGCCCAGGCCCAGAACCCCCCGCAGCCGUCACCACGGGCCCAAAUCCAACCCCAACCCCGACCCCAACAAUUCCAACCUCAAUAUCCCCAACCUUCGCCUCAACGAGUUCCACCUCAAUAUGCUCAAUCCUCGCCUCAACGGUACAUUCCUCCACCAUGGGCUGGCACACCGGGCUAUCUCAACUCUGGGUCCAGCAACACAUUCUGGACCCCUCGAGCUGAGACAAGCAGCUCCACCACACCCUUCCAGGAGACGAGGCCUUUGCAGCAUUUCAACUCAUUUCCUGCAAGAGGGAUGAACGGUUCUGCAGUGCCCCGGCCGGACCAGAGAAAUGCUCCCCCAGCAGGACCGAAGCCGUUUGUUCCCUCCUACAGGUUGUUUGAGGACCUCAAUGUCCUGGGCACAAGCGGUGCAUCCUCGGGCCUGUCUGGCAGCACCGGGCAGAGUAUGAUUGGAGGGAGGCGUUGAACGUAUCUGCCUAUACGGACUUUCAAAGCACAUGGCUAGGGCAGUACAUAUAUAUCCAUAGAUUGUGAAUAGUUGCACGAUACUUCAUUUUAUUUCGGAGUUGGUGCUAAAAGUCAUUAUGUUCGGGUGUGCCCAUUGAUUGCUCUGAUCAUAGUUGUAAUGAACUCUUCUCCGAACUUUCGAAUAAGAAUUUGCUUGUUUUUCUUGUUUCAGAUAGCUUUCUUGCUUUAGCUUGUGGGAGACGUUUAUGAAUGUAAAUGAGUCAACAAUACAUACUGAGGAUUUACUGGA